GAAAGUCAUAGUCACAAUUGCACUCAGCCAAUUAAGAUCUGAACAUCAUGCGCUCAUUCAUCCUAGCCGUUGUUGUCCUGGCCGGAGUCCUGGCCUGCACCAGUGCAGCCCCCCAGUUCCAUCGUAAAGAACUGGCCUUAUUGGAAACUCUUCUCGCCGAAGCUGGCAAAAUUAACUCUACAAUUCGUUUCGGCAACAACACCAUCGUAGCUUCUGGAAUUGCCAAUGCCGUUGCCAACAGCAAUGAUGGAACCAUCCGGCCAACUCCCCCCCAAAACCAGUGGGGAAACAAUAACAACUACAACAACUUUAACAACUACAGGUAUCCCUACUACUACGGAGGAGGAUACUGGCGUACGGUGAACACUGUGAACGGUGAGAUCGUCGAGGAUCUGGAUAUGAGCCAGGAGGGAUCUCACGAGGAGAGCCACGAACUGAGUGACCAGGAAUCUGGCGAGGAUAGCUGGAGCCAGGAGGAUGAGACUGACGAGGAUGAUGAUGAAGAAGAUGAGGAGGACAUUCAUCAGGAGAAUGAACAAGGAGACGAAAGCCAAGAAGACGAGACUGACGAGGGGCAGAACCUAGAUGAGGAAGCCGCUGACAUGGAAUUGGAUCUCCUGGAAAAAGAACUCAACGAACAGGACAACAACUAAAGGCAAAGUUUACAAAUUACUUUAAAAAUUCAAUAGCAAAAAAAUAGUUUAAAAAAA